AUGGCUCAUGAUACUAUAGCGCCAGCCAAGCCCGAGGGGCCGUUCUCCGGGGGCUGUGCGUGUCGGGCAGUGCGCUACACGCUGCCGAAGCGCCCUAUCUACAUUCACGCGUGCCACUGCCGGUACUGCCAGCGGGAGACGGGAUCCGCGUUUGCGCUCAACGCCAUGUACGAGAGCCACCUCGUCCACCUGGUACCAGAGUCCCAGCAGCCAGAGCUCGUUCAGACCCCUGCCGCGUCCGGCAACCCGCAGACCAUUGCCCGGUGUCCCGCGUGCCGCGUCGCUGUGUGGAGCCAUUACGGCGGGCUUGGCGAUCGCCUCAAGAUUGUCCGGGUCGGCACGCUGGAUGAGCCGGAUACGUGGGGCUUUGCGCCCGAGAUGCACAUUUACACCAGCACCAAGCAGCCAUGGGUUUUACUGAAUGGCGACGUGCCACAAGUGGCAGAGUAUUACGAUCGCAAGGACUACUGGCCUCAAGAAAGAUUGGAUCGGUUUGCAAAGGCAUUUGCUUGA